AAUUUUUCGGCAAAAUUUGAAGCAUAGAAAUAUUGUAGAUUCGGAAGUGACUCGCGAAAAUGAGCCACGCGAUGCCAUCAAUGUUUCCCCUGCAUCCCAAAAUCGAUGAGCAAUUGGCUUUGGCUUUUUCCGCCAACGAAGAUGAGGAAGAGCAGCACAUUCAGAAGGUCCAGAAUGCCUUUCUGUACUAUGGACCAUAUGCAUGCCAGCGGCUGAGAAGAACUCUGGAUUACCUCAACAGCCUGCCAGCCGAUGAUCAGCGUCUGCUCUCCAAAUACCGGGCCCAUCUGGACUGUGUGCGCACGUGCAUUGAUCGCAACCAGGCCGUCAUCCGACAGAUUCUGCGCGAACGGCUCCUCUAUCCGGCGGAUGGCUCAAGCAGCCCCACAUCAGAGGGGGACAGCGAGUUUGAUGAGCCGCCAGCCCACGUUCGACAUGGCGACAUGGACCAGUAUGAUUUUGUUCUUGACGAUGCUGAUGUUGAACCUCUGAAAAUUUUAAAGGCCCAGUCGACAUUGAAGUUGAUUGCGCGUGACUGGAGCACGGACGGGGCACUGGAGCGCGAGCAAUCCUACAAGCCGAUCAUUGACAGCAUCAUGGAGUACUAUAAGCCGAGCGACUACGAGCUGAACGAGAUUAAGAUUCUGGUGCCAGGAGCUGGCCUGGGACGGCUUACCUACGAGCUGGCCUGCCUGGGCUACUCAUGCGAGGGCAAUGAGUUCUCCUACUUCAUGUUGAUUGCCUCUAACUUUGUCCUGAAUUUAUGCGACUAUGAGAACAAGUAUGUGCUGUACCCGUGGGUGCAUCAGUAUGUGAACAACCUCAGACGCGAGGAUCAGGUGGCGGCUGUGCGAUUUCCCGACGUUUGCCCCCUGAAGAAUCCACCCAAGGGCAAUAUAGAGAUGGCGGCUGGAGACUUUCUCGAGGUCUAUAAGACACCGCACAGCUACAACUGUGUGGCCACGUGCUUCUUCAUUGAUUGUGCAAACAAUGUCAUCGACUUUAUACGAACCAUCUACAAAAUCCUCGUUCCCGGCGGCAUCUGGGUGAAUCUCGGCCCUUUGCUAUACCACUACAGCGAUGUUAAUGGUCAGAAUAGCAUCGAGCCAACGUACGAGGAUCUGUGCAUCAUAAUUGAGAGUGUGGGCUUUGUGAUUGAGUGCUCGCGGUCGGGAAUUCGCACUAAAUACGCCCAGAAUCCGUCAUCGAUGAAGCAGAGCGAGUAUCAGAGCCUGUUCUGGGUCUGUCGCAAGCCGGGCCCCUACGAGGAGCAUUGCGGCAAGAUGAACUCCAAGUCGAAAGGAUCCAAAGAGCCCCAUGAUCUCAUUAUGCGCGAGGACAACGACAUGGACGACGCAAUCAUUGCUAAUCAUUACGAUGAUGGAAACGCAGACGGAGACGAGGACGCAAUUGACGCGCAAAAUGAGACUGAGACGGACGACGACACUGUUGCCACAACACCACAAACGUGAUACGGCCAAUUGUCAAUUGGCGAUCGAGAAGAAUCAGGCUAAAUCCCCAAAACCAAAACCGAAACCUAGUUCGAAACCCACCUACAGAUGCCAUAGCCAAAACGUCACAGACGAUAGACAGACACUCUUUCCGUCGUCAAUCGAAACGACAGACAAAGGAGGUUCCAAUAAAGGUUUAAUGUAUUUCUAUA